CUACUAUCACCGCCAACACAAUCACUACUAGCGCCAACACAAUCACCAGCAGCACCAUCACUAUUGUAACCAAUAUUCACCAGUAAACGUGGAGAUAUAGCAGAGAGGACUGGUGUUUUUCUUUCUCGUCAUUGAAUAUAUAUUUACAACCGAUGUGUUCUUCCCCUGUCGAGACAGCAAAGAUAUCAAAACAGGUUAUACACUGACACACGAUGAAGCUGUUUCUUGUUAAACACCACAUAUGUUACACUGAGUUACAUAGAAUCAUCAUUGUGUAAAAAAUUAUGCCUUUAUUAAUGGCAAACUGUUAUGCAUGAUUGGAUUUAUUUCUUAUUGAGUUCCCUUCUACUGUUGUUUUCGCAUGUCUCAAUCAUUGUCUCAUGGAAUGGUAACGUAAAGAAAUUUUACCACUAUGCCAAAGAAACGCCAAGGCAAGGUAACAAACAAGGAAGCUGAUGAAAUGGAGGAUGGCUGCCUCAAAGUUGGUCUCGGUAGCCAUCCCGAGUCAACUCUGUCUGACACAGCCCUCAAUGAGACUCCAGGGGUAGGUUCUUCUAAGGAAAACCCAGUAAACCAGGAAGAAGUGGAAUUGCAACCACUAAUCUCCCAUAUUUCUGCAAUGGACCGAGGUGCUUGUAUGGGCCAUAUCUCCACACUGCAUGAUGAGGUGGAAAAAAUAUUUGAAACUCCUCCACGAUUCAACAUUGAUUCUUUAUCAACGGGAGAAGUCUGUCAGGAUCAGCACCGGUUUGGAGAGGAUGAUUAUAAAAACCAUCGCCGAAUGUCAUUUCCCCAUGUCCAUCAUCCAUUGAAAUCAAUGACCAGUCGCUCGUUCAAAUCUAUGAAAGGGAUAAAAAGAAAAGUAAAAAAGAAAUUUCAAGGAGCCAGAAGCUUUCCAUCCAAAAUAGCUGCUCAGUCCCCAGUUAUUCCUGAAGUAGAUGUUGAAGAAUAUCAAGAGGAUAUUGACUCAGAUGAUGCAGAUUUUGAUAUGGCUUCCAACAUGUACUCAAUUGAAAUGCAAGAUUCACAGUCUGAUAUACCUGAAUUGGCUGUUGGUUUCUACAUUGGUGAGAGUGAGCGUGGCCCAGAUGUAGCAUCUUUGCAAACUUCAUUUGAAGAUUCACCUCUUUUGAUGAGACACCAACCAUCAAUCGAGUCAUAUGCAUCUUCCAAGUCUGUAGCUGCACAGAAGUUCCAUCGCCAGGCAUCUGGCUCUCCUGAACCAACGUCAAUGUUUGAAAUAGAUGAGGCACCUCGACCAUCUGAACAAGCAGCACAUCCACGAUUAUCGCUGGAUGAAACAGAUGCAAUGAGAGGCAGUCAACCAUCUCUAAAAGUAAACUUUCAAUUAGGAGAAGAGGAGCCCAGUCAAGAGGAUGUAUUAUGGGUUAAAAGGACAGAUGUAGACACUGGAAAGGGAGGGUUAAUGAAACAAUCUUCAUCAGCUGCAUCUGCACCAAGUUUCAGACACAAAACACCAGAAAAGUCUCCGGCUAGUGAUAAAAAAGAAAAAAGCAGUGAUAAAGAGGGCAAAAGCCACAAGCACAAACAUGGUCAUCAUCAUCAUGAACAUCAUCAUGGACAUCAUCACGGUCACCAUCAUGGUCACCAUCAUCGGCAUCAUGAGCAUUUUCGAAUGCAAGACUUGUUAAUGCGCAGGCAGGCAGGAAGUGAAAUUGAUUUGGAUGAGAAAUUGCACAGAGUACCUACAGAGUCUGAGGAAGCAUUAACAUUACAGAAAGCUGAUCUCGAUCAGAUGGCAAGCCAUCGAUGGGGUGAUGUGAGAGGCAUCAGGAGACACAAAAUUGCUAAACAUAGUGCAAUUGCAUCUGUUGUACACCUCAGCAAAACAGAAAAGCUAAAGAAGAAAAUUUUAAAGCCUAAGAAAAAGUUUGACCAUAGUCCACACGAGCUCUUUGUAGAGCUUGAUGAACUACAUGUUGGAGACCAGAAUGAUUGGGACUGGGAAUGGAGAGAAAAGGCUCGAUGGAUCAAAUUUGAAGAAGAUGUUGAAGAAGGAGCAGAGAGAUGGGGCAAACCUCAUGUAGCUUCAUUGUCAUUUCAUAGCUUAAUAGAACUGAGAAAAGGGCUCGAACAAGGUGUUUUUUUACUGGAUUUGGAAAGCACAGAUUUAAAGUCAAUAGCUCACAACAUUGUUGAACAGAUGGAUAUUUAUGACCUUAUUCAGCCAGAAGAUAAGGGCAAUGUUCUAAGAACUUUAUUGCUGAAACACAAACAUGUUGAGAGAAAACCCAUUCUGAGAAGAAAUUUUGCUUAUUACAAUCUGACGGGUUUGGAGAAAGACGUCCGUGAAAGCCAUGUCCAACAGAGAAGUGAGCUUUCCACACCAAUCCUAGGUGGAAACAGGCGCAAAUCCAGCAUAGCCAGCAUUGGUGCCUCCUUGCGCAAGUCCAGCAUAUCCAGCCUGGGUGCAUCUUUACGUCGGCCCAGUAUUGCCAGCAUUGGUGUUUCAUUACAUGUUACUCGAGAAAGGUCACUAAUGAAAACCUUGUCAUCAGCCAGUUUCACAUCUGCUAGUUCUGUGACUAAUUUAACUCGAGCUGGCCAUCGUGGUAGUAAUGCUGUACCAAAUCUUCAUGACCAGUCAUCACACAAUGUCCAUACUCCUACAGGACUGACAGACAUGAGUGGCUCUAAGCUUCCAGAAACAUCUGUUGGGGAAUAUACAAAAUUAGAAAUGGCCAAAGUCGAUAUUGAUAAUAAUAUGCAGUCUGGUAAUGCGCACAUUCCUUUGAUAUCUCCGGAGUUACAAAAAAGACGAGUUCAGGACAUUUUAAAAAGGAUACCAAUAGGAUCUGAAGCUACAACAGUGAUGGUUGGAUGUGUUGACUUCCUUCAAAAACCUGCAAUGGCUUUUGUUCGACUUUCAGAAGGUCAAAUCAUUAAAAACUUUACUGAGGUUCCUUUACCUACUCGUUUUGUAUCUGUGCUACUUGGUCCAGAUAAUGGAGAGAUGGACUACCAUGAAGUUGGCCGCUCACUGUCCACUCUUAUGUCAAAUCAGAACUUCCAUGAUGUAGCUUACCAAGCUGAAAGUAGGGAAGAAUUUCUACAUGCCAUCAAUGACUUCUUGACGGAAUCUAUAGUGUUGCCACCUGGUGACUGGGACCAUAAAACUCUACUACCCAUCAUGGAUAUGGCUAGGAAACGAGCAAACUUACGAUUGCGAAAAAAACAGAAGCAGAUGGAAAAAGAGGCGCUAUUAGAAACCAAGGGAAAAGUUAUAUUGGAUCCACUUUUGAGGACUGGUCGUCCGUUCGGAGGGCUCAUAAAUGACAUAAAGCGCCGUUAUCCAUAUUACCGAAGUGAUAUAACAGAUUCAUUGAAUUUACAAUGUCUAGCCGCCUUUGUUUUUAUAUUCUUUGCAUGUUUGUCACCAUGUAUUGCCUUUGGGGGGUUGUUAGCGGAAAAAACCAAUGGACUUAUGGGGGUAACAGAAACUGUACUGAGUACGUCGCUGUGUGGACUUAUAUUUGGCCUGUUCAGUGGACAGCCCCUUAUGAUCCUAGGAGCCACAGGGCCUGUUCUAGUAUAUGAGCAGUCUUUAUACAAGUUCUGUGAAAGCAAUGAUUUAGAAUUCCUGCCUAUGCGUUGUUGGAUUGGAUUCUGGGUUACUGUGAUAGCCGCAGUAGUUGUGGCCUUAGAAGGCAGCUUUCUCGUGAAAUUUGUUACCAGAUUCACAGAGGAAAUUUUUGCUAUAUUGAUUUCUCUUAUCUUUAUCUAUGAAGUCAUUAAAAAAUUAACAGAUAUUUAUCAAAAAUACCCAUUGAUAGCUGAUUGUGAAUCCUGUUGUCCAAAUAUUGUUCUUCCAAGCUUCAAUAGCAGUAAUUCUUUAGAACCAGUGUCUGAAAUACCAUACACUCUAUUUAAUUCCUCCAUGGGUGCCACAGCGGACCAAGCUCACAUGACAACUGAGUCUGGGGUUGAGGAGAAUUUAAAAGGUCAAAAUCGUUACACAAAAAAUUCUAAUCAACCAAAUACUGCACUGCUGUCAACAAUUUUGGCUCUAGGAACAUUUUUUAUAGCAUAUUUCCUCAGAAUAUUCAGAAAUAGCAAAUUUCUUGGGAGAAGUGCGCGGAGAGCACUUGGUGAUUUUGGAAUUCUAAUAGCUCUUGUAGUUAUGGUGCUGCUAGAUGUGUUAAUAAAAGACACCUGUACACAGAAACUUGAGGUAUCGGAUGAAUUUGCACCUACAGCACCAAGCAAACGUGGCUGGUUCAUUAAUCCAAUGGGAAUGAAAAAAACAUUUGAAGUUUGGUUAAUCUUUGCUUCAAUUAUUCCGGCUUUCCUUAUAUUUAUACUUCUAUUCAUGGAAGUACAAAUCACUGAAACCAUAAUGGACAAAAAAAUGAGGAAAGGUUCGGGUUACCAUUUGGAUAUGAUGCUAGUUGGCGUACUGGUUAGUAUUUGUGGAUUACUUGGUUUACCAUGGAUGUGUGCUGCAACAGUACGGUCAGUGGCACAUAAAUCAGCCCUUAGUGUAUUCAGCCGAACACAUGCUCCAGGUGAAAAACCAAAAUUAUUAUACGUCCAAGAGCAGCGUCUCACAAGUAUAUUGGUCAGUAUUUUGAUAGGUUCAUCUUUAUCAUGGGGUCCACUAUUUCGAGAGAUCCCUCUUACUGUUUUGUUUGGUGUCUUUCUUUAUCUUGGUGUGUCUUCUAUGAGUGGGGUGCAAAUGUAUGAAAGAACUAAACUGCUACUAAUGCCAGUGAAACACCAUCCAUCUGUUGGCUAUGUGCGACGGGUGCGAACAGUCCGAAUGCAUCUUUACACAUUAACCCAGCUGUCUUUAUUGGUGGUCCUAUGGGUAGUCAAGUCAACAGAAGCAGCCUUAGCUUUCCCUUUUCUUCUCAUCCUCCUUGUACCACUUCGGUUAAAACUGCUCACAUUUAUUUUUACUGAGAAAGAGCUUCAUGAGUUGGACAAAGAGGAAGAAGAUACUGAAGAGGAAGAAGAUGAACCUGAUUUCUAUCAGUUAGCUCAUAUGCCAAUAUAAGUCUUUAAAAAAACAAUCUAUUGUUCCACAUGUGUUACUCAGAGAAUCCCCUCAGUCUAUCUGCUAACUGUUUUUGAAAGGUACUAAUGUACAACCCAAGGCAGUUUAAGAAUAAUGCAGAGAUUUUUUUUUCUUUUUUCAAAUUCUGUAAUAGAAUUUUUUUUAAAAAAAACAUGUCUGAUAUGAUUUUGUUUUUGUUUUUGUUGGGUUUUUGAAACUUUAUUUUUUAUGUGAAACUGUCUAAAAACAACAGCAAAAAAAAAGAUAUAAAAAUAAAUAAAUGAAAGCAAGUAGUAUUCUAGAAGUGAAACUAAAAAUAAAGGAAUACUAAAUGAAUGUUUUGUUAUUCAGCAAAAGAGUAAAAGACUACAGUAAAGACGAGAAAACUUUAUUUCUUAAAUCUGUAAAGACAAGAGCAAACUUGUUUUGUUUUGAGUGAAAGUAUAUGUUCUUCCAUAAAUAUGAAUAAUUAAUUGAAAAAAAAAAAUUAAAUUGAAGAUUAUAAUUUAGUUAUUUAGUGAUAUUAUAUUUUCCCGGUUAAUUGGAAAAUUCUGUGAUGCUGAAAUGUUGGAAAAUUCUUGUCACCAAGCAGCAAAAGACUUUAGUCGCAUAAUGAAAAAAAAGAAAAAGAAAAAAUGAUUUUUAUAAUGUAUAGUUGUAGAAAUUUUGAUAUGUUGACGAAAUUGUUUAUCCGGCUCUUGUCUAAACGAAGAAUAAUUCGGUACAAUUAAGAAAAUAAAAUUAAUAAUAAUAGUAAUAAUAAUAAUAAUAAUAAUAAUAAUAUUAAUAUGAUGAUGAUGAUAAUAAUAAUAAUAAUAAUCAACAGAAAACUAAUAAAGAAUGAAGUACUUUUUACCUUUACACUGAUUUCCUGAAAAUAUAUAAAAGAAAAAAAAGAAAAAAAAAAGAAUGGCUGGAAGAAAGCGGAAAAAAGACAAACAAGCAAAAAAAAAGAACAAGGAAA